GUUCUUCCAUUUCCUUCGCAUUUUCCUCCGCUCUUCCUGGCUGGUUCAGGGAUCAAACAGUGUGGUAGAGAGAUGAAUUCGGUUGUGCCAAAUCACGAAUUCAUGGAGUUGCGCACGAUGCACCAGGUGCCGUGCAAGCAGCAGUGCUUUGUCUACACGGACAUCGAUCUUCCACCGGAAAUCACAAAGUUCUCCGAGAAGAUCAAGAACGGCAAUGUGCCCACGUACAAGAAGGAGCACUCGUCGCCCCCGCCGGUGGUGCACCGUGGGAAGAGUCGCAAGGUGGUGGCUGUGUUUGGUGGGUUGUUUGUCUUCAUCGCUCUCGCCAUUGGGAUUCCCAUUGCGCUGCAAUUGCGGAGUUCUUCGCUGCUGGAGGCGCGACUGGCCUUCAUCAGGCGUCUGCUGUCUGAGAAUCCGCCCCUCGUGGAGGGACACUGGCGGCCACAGCUCGGCGGCAACUUCACCAGCAGCGUCGCGGACAUCACGCAGAACAUGGUGGGCGCUCUGGUCUGGCCUGUGGCUGUUCCCUGUGGCGCCCAGUAUCUGGACGGCGUGCAGCUGGCGCUCGAGGGCAUCGACGAGGCCAAGCGACUGGUGCGCACCAAUCCCAUGCUGAAAGUCAUCGAGCUGGCGGAUGAGAUUGAAGAGACGCACGCCGAGGGGAAGAUUGGCGUGCUUCUGGGUCUCCAGGCGGGUCACGCGCUCGGCUCCAGUCUGGCUGUGCUGCGCUCCAUGCACUCCCUGGGCGUGAGAGUCAUCUCCAUCACGGGUCUGGGCUGCACCACACCCUGGGCGGCGGCCACCAUCAAGAGCGACAUGAUCGUCCUGGACGAUUCGCAGCCGCACAGCUUGACUACCUUCGGCGAGACUGUGCUCCAUGAGAUGAAUCGCCUCGGUAUUCUUGUGGAAAUCUCGCGAUUGUCUGAGCCAGCAAUGAUGAUGGCGUUACACACAGCGAGGGCUCCGGUCCUUUUCUCCAAUGCCGCACCACUAUCGCUGUGCAACAGUAGCUCAACCGCAGGUGUUCCUGACCACAUUCUCGGGAUGCUCACGCAGAAUGGUGGUGUGCUGAUGAUUAACGUGGAGCGCUGCGGGGAGAAGCAGCUGAGUGUUCGCGAGGCAAUUUCCACGAUAAACUAUGUGCGGGCGGUGGCGGGUGUGGAUCACGUGGGUCUGAGUGGAUCACCCGGCACGUAUCCGCCUCUGCUGGCGGAACUGGCCAGAGAUCGACUGUGGGGCAAUGCGGCCAUCAAGAAGCUCGUCGGUGGGAACUUCGUGAGGGUGCUGAGGGAGGUGGAGGUGUUGCGGAAUCGUCAGCCGCUGCACGAGGAAUGGAUCCCGAAUGCGGCCAUCGAGGGCAACUCCUACUGUCGCUACUCAGAGACAUAAGCACCAUCGUGCAGGAGUGCCAUUUACAUUGUGCAUCACACCAGGAUAUUUUCACACACAGAGAAUUUUCCUUUCCACCUUUACACAACACAGGAGUAUCCAUUUUCCCAUCAAGUGACCCGAGUGGACACUCGGAAUGCGUAUGAUACUAUUGCAAAAUAUCCUUUUUAACCAAUGAUUUGUGCAAAAUGUGGUUCAAUGUUUGAUAUAUAUAUCAUAGAUUAGAUACAAAAUCUCAGUUAUCAUGGAUAUUAUGUGUACAUUUUGGGUGAAAAUCAAUUGUAUGAAGCAACGGAACUGAUAGAACAGUGUUAGUUUGGCUUUUACGAUAAUUACACUACGUUGUGUAAAGUUAUUCCAAAUCUCUUUUGUACAAAAUAAUUUAUACAUCCAUAAAAUGUGACAAGAAACAAAUAUAUAGCUUAAUUAUAUAUAAAUAUGUAUGAUAGAGAUGAUGUUAUAUGUUUGUAGAAGAAUAGCGAAGCUUGACUGUUUUUUUUUAUUACAAUCAUUGUUAAUUUAAUUUGUUCUAGAAUU